UUGAAAAUGUUGUACCCCAAAUUUAGGGUUUUGCCCAGGGAGUGAAUGAAUAAUGUGCUAGCACGAAAUCUUUAGGAUUGAAUGAAGAAACCAUCUGUAUACGAAGUGUCCCAAAGAUGACCGUUGGAUGGAUCCGUCAGAUGACCGUUGGGACCCAAAGAUGACCGUUAGAUGGGGCCCCAAGAUGACCGUUGGAUCUUAAUCCUACUAACCCAAUAAAACCACCCCGAACUCAUUCAAUCAAACCCUUUUCGCUCUCCUCUCUCUCUCUCUCUCUCACACAGUUUUAGUAUUGGUUUCUCUCUCGAAGUACUGCGAUUGCAGGAAGAAGCUCCGGGCAGAGCCUCAAGGAGGUUUCUCUCUCCCUCAAACCAGUGGUUUUCAAGGUGGAGAUGGGCAAUUGGAGUGGUAGCGCUCUUCGUAAUUUUAAUUGAGGCUUAAAACAUGGUGAGGGUUCAUUGGGGAUUAAGUGAGUUUGGGGUGGUUUGACUCACUGGGGGAAUGGAGUGAGCGCUCAUCGUAAUUUUAAAUGAGGCUCAAAACAUGGUGAGGGUUCACUGGGGAUUAAGUGAGUUUGGGGUGGUUUGUGUCACUGGGGGAAUGGAGUGAGUUUUAAUGAGAGAUGGAUGGGGAUGGGGAUGGGGAUGGGGAUGGGGAUGGGGAUGGGGAUGGUGAUGGAGGGUGUGACUCACUGGUGAAUGGAGUGAGUCUUUAUGCACGAUGGAGGAUUGAUGGUGAAUGGUGAAUGGUAUGAGGGUUCACUGGGGAUUAAGUGAGUUUGGGGUGGUUUGACUCACUGGGGGAAUGGAGUGAGUUUUAAUGAGAGAUGGAUGGGGAUGGGGAUGGGGAUGGGGAUGGUGAUGGAGGGUGUGACUCACUGGUGAAUGGAGUGAGUCUUUAUGCACGAUGGAGGAUUGAUGGUGAAUGGUAUGAAAGCUACGACUCACUGGGAAUGAUGUGAGCUCUUAUGGGGGAUGCACGGAGUGAGCAUGGGAUGAUUGGGCUCACCGAGUGAUGAUGGUUUUGGUAUUUGUAGGGUGUACAUGAGUAUGAGAGCUUGGGGUAGACUUUUAAUGGGGUGUAUGGUGGUAUUUGGGAGUUGGGAUGAAAUGGAAAGAGUGUAAGAAUGUGUGAGAUGAACGAGUAAACGAGAAGGUGUUGAGAGGGGAGUGAACGAAAUACGCAUACACAGAAAGAAGUGCAUGCGUGUGAGAGAGAAGGAAAGUGCGUGGAGAGGCGAAAGAGAGAGAGUGGUGCACAUGGCGUGAGAGGAGAUGAGAGGUGACAUGCGUGGCUCGAGUCCGGCUCAGCUCGAGAGGAAGACACAUGUGCGGGAAUGCGCGCAUGAGAGAGGUCAGGCUCGGGUUCAGGUAGAAGGCCCAGCCUGGCCCGCUGACGAAAAAGGGGGAGGAAGAGUGUGUGUGUGGAGGUGAGCGUGGGGGAGAGAGAGAGUUUCGGGCUCGGGCGUGAGGCCCAGCCCUGCCCAUUUGCAUCAAAGAGGGGGGAAGAAGAGAAAAUAGGGUCCGUUGGGCCCUAAAUAGGCCUAGAGGCCUGGUUUGGCUAACGGGUGGGGCCUCUCUUGUUAGGGGAAUUUUUCUGCAUGGCCUGGUGCCAGGUUCGUCUGAUUUUGACACCGUUUGCCCCUAGUUGACCAUUUACCCCUCCCCAAAUUUUGCUUUAAAGAAGCACCUUCAAGGGCAAAGAUGUCUUUUGGCUAAAUCUCUUCUUCAAGUGCCCGUUGCCUUUUCUUGAAAUGACCAAAAAGUGGUCAUGGACUGGGUUGGGAUACAAGAAUUGUAGGGGGUUAUGGAGGAAAGGUGAAAAGCACCUUUUUGAAGAUGGGUAUUUAAGAGUGGGAGAGGUUCUUAUAGAGUGAGAGGAAGUGGGGAAGUGGGGAGCUCGUUUAGUUUGGAGUGAGAGGAAGUGGGGAGCUCUUUUAGAGUGAAAAAGUGGGGUUUCAAAAGGGGUUCUCUUUUUUUGCAAAGGGGCGGCUUAUUGGCGGGGACAUCUGGCACUCGAGAAUUUGUUCAGUUCCCUGAGCAUCCUCUGGGCACCUUUUUCGUCAGAAGUCCGGUUUACAAGGGAGAUGCUGCCGAAUUUUUUACAGAUCACGUGCCUCGCCGAAUGACCACGCGUCGUGCGGCUAGGGUUACUGGCAGCCUUCGGAUGAGAAAUCCUGCAAGAAACGAUACCCUAGAGGAUGCCAUCAUUAUUGCCGAUGAUGAACCACCUGUGGUGGUGGUUGAGGAGGAUCCGGGGCAUGUGUUCAACAUCAAUCCGGAUGAACCCUCGUCUUCAUUGCGGCCGCCACAGUCAAUGGGAGGAGUAAGGACUCUACCUCACUCUGGUCGGGUUCUUUUUACGCCUGCCUGGUUUACUCGCGGGGGUAUUGUGCCGGAGCAGCUGAGAAUCUCUUUUUCCACACAGGUAGAGGGUUUAGAUUACUUGAGUGCCGAUAUUGGCGUGAUGGAGUAUGGGAAAGAACUUUUGAAGGCCGUUCACCGUCUUAUAGGACGAUCUUCUCUCGAGGAAUUGAUACAACUUCCUAACCUUUUAGAGAGGACUGCGGCAAAUCUGACGGCCUUUGGCGUGCCUGAGGCUUCUAAACUUAAGAAGAUCAUGGAGGAACUGGCUCAAGAGGCAAAAGAGAUCUUGAAACUGGAAAGGCUGAUUUCUCCGACGUUGAAUCCCUCCAUAGGCCCCCUGCUUAAUUUUUACUCGGACCAACCCUCCAUUUUUGGCUAUGCCGAAGGUCUCCUGGCGAAGUUGAAGAGUGAUCUGGCAUACAGGGAAGGCUUUCAUCCAACUCUCAAGGCUCAUUCGCUAAAGGAAGGGGAGGAUGCUGCGCUUGGUGGUAUCUCCCUUCAUGACAAUGAGGCUGGUAUGAUUGUCCUCAAACAUCAUAUUGCAGAGACGGAGGCCCUACUGUCUCGAGUUCGCGAGGAAUUGAGUGACCUCCCAUUGAAUGAGUUGGAAUCAGGCGCCUUCCCCUUAUUAGUCAGGCAUGCAGGUUCCCUCAAGGUAGCUGAACUGAAAGAUAGGCUGGGGAUCAGGCAACGUGUAUUCACUGAGAUUGGUGCUCACAAGGAGUGAUUGGCGGAUCACCCUUGUUUCCCUUUAUCUUUCAUUGUUAGUGCUUAUCGAGACCUCAAUUUUUGUUUCAAUGUAAGGCUUUAGGACAAAUUUCUUUGAAGAUGCAUGUUUUGUUCCUUAAAAAGGUGCUUUGGGAUUGUGAGUCCCCAACUUGUAACCCCUAGCUUGCAAUGGAAUGAAAGCCUUUUCCUUCUUGCUU